UGGGUGCUGCCGCCUUGCUCCAGGCUCCCCGAAAGACCGGCCACCUCCGCCCCCCGGGGACCGCCACCAUGCCCUCCGACCUGGCCAAGAAGAAGGCGGCCAAGAAGAAGGAGGCGGCCAAGGCGAGACAGAGGCCCAAGAAGGGGCAGGAGGAGAACGGGGACGCCGCCAGCGAGCCGCAGGUGGCCGGGGAGAAGCUGGAGGCCAACGGCACCGAGUCCGCAGAUGUGGACUUGCUGAGCAAGGAGCUGGAGGACUUUGAGCUGAAGAAGGCUGCGGCCCGAGCCGUCACUGGCGUCCUGGCUUCUCACCCCAAUAGCACGGAUGCCCACAUCAUCAACCUGUCCCUCACCUUCCACGGCCAGGAGCUGCUCAGCGACACCAAGCUGGAGCUCAACUCGGGCCGGCGCUAUGGCCUCAUCGGCCUGAACGGAAUAGGCAAGUCCAUGCUGCUGUCCGCCGUGGGCAAGCGUGAGGUGCCCAUCCCCGAGCACAUCGACAUCUACCACCUGACGCGUGAGAUGCCGCCCAGCGACAAGACGCCGCUGCAGUGUGUCAUGGAGGUGGACACGGAGCGCGCCAUGCUGGAGCGCGAGGCCGAGCGCCUGGCCCACGAGGACGCCGAGUGCGAGAAGCUCCUGGAGCUGUAUGAGCGGCUGGAGGAGCUGGACGCCGACAAGGCGGAGACGCGGGCCUCCCGCAUCCUCCACGGGCUGGGCUUCACGCCUGCCAUGCAGCGCCGCAGGCUGCGCGACUUCAGCGGGGGCUGGCGCAUGCGGGUGGCGCUGGCCAGAGCCCUGUUCAUUCGGCCCUUCAUGCUGCUGCUGGACGAGCCCACCAACCACCUGGACCUGGACGCCUGCGUGUGGCUGGAGGAGGAGCUCAAGACCUUCAAGCGCAUCCUGGUCCUCGUCUCCCACUCCCAGGACUUCCUCAACGGCGUCUGCACCAACAUCAUCCACAUGCACAACAGGAGCCUCAAGUACUACACGGGUAACUACGACCAGUACGUGAAGACGCGGCUGGAGCUGGAGGAGAACCAGAUGAAGCGCUUCCACUGGGAGCAGGACCAGAUCGCGCACAUGAAGAACUACAUCGCCAGGUUUGGGCACGGCAGCGCCAAGCUGGCCCGACAGGCACAAAGCAAGGAGAAGACGCUACAGAAGAUGAUGGCGUCGGGGCUGACAGAGCGGGUCGUGAGCGACAAGACACUGUCCUUCUACUUCCCGCCCUGCGGGAAGAUCCCGCCGCCCGUCAUCAUGGUACAGAACGUGAGCUUCAAGUACACGCAGGAUGGGCCCUGCAUCUACAACAACUUGGAGUUCGGCAUCGACCUGGACACCCGCGUGGCUCUGGUGGGGCCCAACGGCGCCGGGAAGUCCACCCUUCUCAAGCUGCUGACGGGAGAGCUGCUGCCCACCGACGGCAUGAUCCGGAAGCACUCGCACGUGAAGAUCGGGCGCUACCACCAGCACCUCCAAGAGCAGCUGGACCUGGACCUGUCGCCGCUGGAGUACAUGAUGAGGUGCUACCCUGAGAUCAAGGAGAAGGAGGAGAUGCGGAAGAUCAUCGGCCGCUACGGCCUCACCGGGAAGCAGCAGGUGAGCCCCAUCCGGAACCUGUCUGACGGGCAGAAGUGCCGUGUGUGCCUGGCCUGGCUGGCCUGGCAGAACCCCCACAUGCUCUUCCUGGACGAGCCUACCAACCACCUGGACAUCGAGACCAUUGACGCGCUGGCCGACGCUAUCAACGAGUUUGAGGGAGGCAUGAUGCUGGUCAGCCACGACUUCCGGCUCAUCCAGCAGGUCGCUCAGGAAAUCUGGGUCUGUGAGAAGCAGACCGUCACCAAGUGGCCUGGGGACAUCCUGGCGUACAAGGAACACCUCAAGUGCAAGCUGCUGGGCGAGGAGCCCCAGCUCACCAGGAGGACCCACAACGUGUGAGCCCCCGGCCGCGGGCCCGGGCCGCACCCCUGCACUGCUGCACCCCUGCUCCCCCCACCCACCCCCACCUGCCUUAGCUGUGCUCAGAUCUCCGACGGCGGACGGCUCCCCACCUCCGGUCACGCUGGUCCAGGUUUGGGCCCCU